AUGGACUCAAAUGAAGUUGACAACUGUCAUUCAAGUUCUAAAAGUGAUUCAUCAUCUCAUUCAAGUUCUGAAAGUGAUUCAUCAUCUAAUUUGGAUGAUUCACUUGGAGAGUUGCUUUUAUUUAUAAAACUAAAUGAAUAUUACUCACGUUUCCAUAAAGAGCCAUGUAUGAUUUCACAACUCUCAGGUCGCCAAUUUGUGAUAGAGUUGUUGACUGGACAUCCAAAUAGGUUAUUUGAUUUUGCUAGAAUGGAUAAGAACACAUUUAUGAACUUGUGUUCGACAUUGAGGGGCUUGGAUUUCUUACAAGAUGAUAGAUCAAUUUGCGUCGAGGAGUCAAUGUGCAUGUUUUUGCGUAUUAUUGGGCAUACAACUCGUAAUAGGAUGGAUGCUGAGAAAUUUCAACAUUCUAAAGAAACCGUGUCUAGACAGUUUAAUAGAGUUCUCAAAGCAAUAUGUCGAUUUGGUACUCAGAUAAUUCAACCUCCAAAUAUGGAUAUGACACCUCCUAAAAUCAUGGGGAAUCCUAAUUACCACUCGUGGUUUAAGAAAAAUGAUUGUAUUGGUGCUAUUGAUGCAACACACAUCAAUGCAUGGGCUCCUGCAUCAAAACAAAUUCCAUAUCGAGGCAGAAAAAUUGAGGUGACACAAAAUAUUAUGUGUGCUUGUUCGUUUGACAUGUUGUUCACAUAUGUUUACACGGGAUGGGAAAGAACGGCUAAUGACUCAAGAGUAUUGAUGGAUGCAAUAAGUAGAGAAGAGAACAACUUUCCAUUGCCUAAAGAAGGAAAAUAUUAUGUUGUUGAUUCUGGUUAUGCAAAUAUGCGUGGGUCUCUAGCACCAUAUCAUGGAGAGCGUUAUCAUUUGUGUGAUUAUAGAGGGAGAGGCAGACAUCCAAGGGGGGCAAUGGAAUUGUUCAACUAUAGGCAUUCAUCACUACGUAACGUUAUUAAAAGAUGCUUCGGAGUGCUUAAGGCUCGCUUUCCUAUUUUGAAGUUAAUGCCAAAUAAUCCAAUCAGGAAACAAAAACGUAUUCCUGUUGCUUGUUGUACUGUGCAUAACUUCAUUAGAAUGCAAUCAAGAAAUGACAUCAUAUUUCAUCAAUAUCAAGCCAAUGAUCUUCAAGUGGUAGAUGAAGAAAGCUCUGAAGUGAAUCAAGAACACAUCCAUUUGCAUGAGGACAAUGCUAAUCAAAUGAGUGAUGUUAGAGAUCACAUUCCCGAAGCAAUGAGCCCUUAUAAGUUUGUGGGUUUUGUGCAAGUCAUGGUGGUAGUGGUAGUCGAAUCAGGGGUAGGGGUGAUGGAAGGAGAUGUGGAAGAGGAGGAGGCAGGUUUAGUGGUGGAAUAG